CCCCGUUGCCAUGGCAGCGGAGGGGCGGGGCUUCCCGGGAAGAUGGCGGCGCUGGCCUCGGAGCUGCCGCUGCUCAGCGACGCGGGCCGGUUCCGUGCCGACAACCUGCUAAGCAGCGAGGACUGGGAUGCUCCCUUGUACAGCUGCCUGGAUGAUGGGGCUGAGCCCGCCGCCCUCUUCCCCUCCCUGGAGCCAUGUACCCUGUUUGAUGAUUCCUUUGGCCUGGACAUGGACACCAGUCCCCCGGACCCGCCGUGGGACACAUCACCCAUCAGCCUCUUCCUGGACUUGCAGGUGAAGUCAGAGCCUGUGUCGCCAGCCUCGUCCCACUGCUCUGACUCCUCCAGCUUCUCUUCUGCCUCUGACCCCCUGGCAAUGGCCCCCUCCCUGGCGGAGACACUGGGCGUAAAGAUGGAGCAGCCACCCACUCCCCCUUGCGCUCUUGGCGAUGUCCUCGCCCCCCCCAGCAGCACUGUCCACAUCAGCCUUGUGCCCCCUUCAGAUGCCCAGGCUACCCCAGGGCGGCCGGUGCCCAUAACCAAGCCUGAAGGGGGGCUGAGCCGGAAGCCACCCCUGCAGCCCAAGCCCCUGGUGGUGACAGCUGUGCCCAUGCCCCCCAGUGCUCCCCCUGGCCAGGCUCUGCUGCUGCAGCCUCUGCCCCAUGGUCAGCCCCCCACCAUUGCAGUGCGGGCACCGCCAGUCGUGCUCUCAUCGUCUGAGCUGCUGCACCUGCCGGUCUCGGGGCUGCUCCAAGUGAAGGCUCCAGGGCCUGAGGGGCCCCCAGGGAAGCCCCCCAAGCCCGAGGCCAAGACCAUUGUCCCGGCCCCAGGGCAGGUGGGGUCCUGUGCCCAGGAGAUUGACAUGAAGGUGCUGAAGCGGCAACAGCGCAUGAUCAAGAACCGGGAGUCAGCCUGCCAGUCGCGCCGCAAGAAGAAGGAAUACCUGCAGGGCCUGGAGGCCCGGCUGCAUGAGGCCUUGGCCGAGAACGAGCGCCUGCGGCGGGAGAAUGCUGUCCUCCGCCGCCGUCUCGACGGUGUGCUCAGCGAGUCUCCCCUCCAGAACACGGAGCUGAAGUUUGGCUCAGGGAACCGGAAAGUCGUCUGCAUCAUGGUUGUGCUGCUCUUCAUUGCUUUCAACUUUGGGCCCAUAAGCAUCAGUGAGCAGCGCCCAGGAGACCUGGAGCCGCCGGGGGAGGCCGUGGAGCCAGGACCCAGCCGCCGGCACCUGCUGGAGGUGGGCCAGGAGGUCCCAGUGGAGCCCACGCUGGCACCACAGCCUGACCUGCCCCCUCCUGGCCUAGCCCAGGCCCCCUUCAGGAACCUGACAGGUCCCUUGUCGGGGAUGAAGGACCUGAUGCUGCGGGACCUGGACAAGUUCUUUCUGGCCUCCGACUGCCGCCAGUUCAACCGCACGGAGUCGCUCAGGCUGGCUGAUGAGCUUAGCGGCUGGGUCCGGCGCCACCAGAUCAACCGGAGGAAACCCCUGCAGGCCCGUGAGACCCCGGGCCGCCAGCCAUCUCCUGCCCGCCCAGAGCCCAGUUCAUCUCGCUACGUCCCAGCCAGUGCCCCCAGGCACCCCGAGAGGGCGGCACUGAGCCAGCUGCAGGUGUACCAGCGUCCUGGGCGGGGGCAGUAUGAUUUCCUGGAUGCCAUUGACAGGCGUGAGGACACCUUCUACGUUGUCUCUUUCCGCCGGGACCACCUUCUCCUCCCAGCUAUCAGCCACAACAAGACCUCGCGGCCCAAGAUGUCACUGCUCAUGCCUGCCAUGGCCCUCAAUGAGAGUGUAUACCGUGCAGGGCGGGACUACGAGGUCAUGAUGCAGAUUGACUGUGAGGUCAUGGACACACGCGUCAUCCACAUCAAGAGCUCCACGGUGCCACCUUCCCUGCGCCGACCCCAGGCCCCUGCCCCCUCGGACAACGGGACUCAGGCAUCCUCGGUGGGCACCCGGCCCCCCCGUGGGGCUCCUCGCUCUGCCCGCCGGCCCCCCCGCCCCCUCUACCUCAGCGGCUAUGGUGAUGGUUAGCCCCAGCUCCUGUUGUUUGGGGUAGCCCUGCCUCCUUUGGAAGCCCUGCACCCUCCUGUGGGGGGGGACCCCCUGGAGGGGGGUGUCAGCCAGUUGGGAGCUGGCUGUCCCCUGCCUUGAAAUGGAAUAAUUCCAGGAUUUGCCUGUGUCAGGCCAAGCCACAUCCCCCAGUGAGAUCAUGCCCCUCCAUACCCUGCCCGUUCUGUCCCCCCCUUGUUUGGCCACACCCCCUCUGGUGCCAUCCAUUCAGCCUAGCCCUUCCCCUGGCUAGCUCAACCAUGCCCCCUUUGGUGAGGUCACAAGCCCUGCCCACUCACCAAAGCUGCUGCUGCUGCCUCUUGACUGGCCUCCUUGGGUGAGAUCACACCCUUUUUUCUUAGACCCACUUCCCCAGCCAAGCCCCACCCUCUUAGCUUCACCCACCAUUUCUUGUGGGAAGAAGUGGUGGUUCUGGGUGACUUCACUUCCUGGGGUACUCAGCCCCUUCCUUGUGGUGUGGCCACAUGCCUCCCAGCUCCUUCUACUAGCACUUAGCCCCGCCCUCAGCCUUAAAAGGUGAGGGGGUGAGGUCAUGGGGCUACCCACUUCCUAUGGGGGCUGCCCAGGGCAUUAAGCCCCACCCCUUUUUUAUGGCAGCUCUGCCCCUUUACAGUCCUGCCCUCCCAGCUACAAGGGGGUGGCCUGUGAUGGGGGCCAGGCCUCAGGCCCCACCUCCCCAGCCCCAUCCCUGGUCUGUUUUUAUAUGGAGAAAUAAAGUUGAGUGUGAUCCUUGA